GGUGUGUACUCCAGAUAGAGGUGUUUGCUAAUGGAUAAUUGUCCCCUGGGUGUGCAGCCAUGAUUGGAGGGGACAGAUGCAUAAAGAACCCCAGAAGCGGAGCAGGCUCCAUCCUCCAAGGAGCCCUGAGGCUGUGCCUGUCCAGGAGAAAACCAAGCUCCAGGAGCAACAUGUCUCAGCUGGAAACUGCCAUGGCAAUGACCAUCGCUGUCUUUGACCAGUACGCAAGGACUGAUGGCAACAGGCAAACCCUCAGCAAAGCAGAACUAAAGACUCUGCUGGAAAAGGAGCUCCCGAAUUUCCUGGCGUCUGGGAAGGACAAGAAUGCCAUUGAUAAAGUCUUCAAGAACCUGGAUGACAAUGGAGAUUCCCAAGUGGACUUCAAAGAAUUUGUCAUCUUUGUGGCAUCUCUGACUUGCUGCUGUCACAAAUAUUUUGAGCAGAAUGCAGCCAAAUAGUUGUCAAACUGCUCACAUAAGCUGUCUUUGCAUGUGCUCCAUAUGCCAGGGAUAUGGAUCCCUUCUUUCCUCCCAUGUACUGCCGUGAAGUUUGCAAGCGUGCUGCACUGUAAAAAUAAACCCUACUGAGCUCAUUCCCUAUCCUGAAUGCUAAUUUCUUCUCAUUUGUGGAACAGCCUGGGUUUAAUGACUCCCACUAACUCACACUGAGUAGUUUCUCCCUUUCUCUAGUUUCAAAUUUUUUUUCUUAGCCAGAAGGUUCAAUACUCAUCCCCGGCACAAAAGGAGCACAAGAGUAAGGGCUCCUGGAGCCAUGAAUCAGCAGAAGGCUGUUUUUGUACAUCAGGAUCUCUGGGAUUUAUCCCAAAUCCACACUCUGGGAUUUAUCCCAAAUCCACACGUGUGCCACCACAGCUGUACAGGACAGGCCUCACUGGCAGUGCCUUUGAGCCUGUUUGGUACCCUCAGCUGUGUGGCUGUUGCAGGGCUGCCUCGUAGGUUCUUUCUUGGGUAAAACAACAAAACAACCCCAAGCACCUUUCCUGGGAUUUUUCAGCAUGGAGGAUUCUGUGCAGUUUGGUGUGCUAGUGAGCCAGCUCACCCACACCACACAGAUUUGUUUUCUAUGACACC